AUGACCACCCCUAACAUAGCGACGCCCUCGUCCGUCGUGGCGAGCGACCCCGUCUCGUCGGCCAUCGCAUCGGCGACGUCGGACAUCUCCUCCAUCGUUUCCUCCGUCACGUCGUCCGUUGUUCCGUCGUCGUCGUCGGCGGUUAGUAGCACCUCUCCUUCUCUGUCCUCUUCGGCUGCUGCUGCUACAAGCAGUGCUCCCAGCAGUACUGCAAGCAGCGCAACAAGCAGCGAUUCCUCCUCCUCCCUAGAACCUUCCUCAUCAGAGGCGCAGACUUCCUCCGCUGUCCCGAGUUCGUCUGAGGCCACAACGAGCUCUUCGGCCCCUGCGACUACAGCUCAGUCCUCCACCACUACUUCGGCUCCCGCUUCUUCCACCACCGAGGCUGCAGCGACGACGAGCGCCUCUGCCGAAUCUUCUGCCACCUCGGCAUCAUCCGAAUCCUCGGAGUCCUCUUCGCAAACCACGACGAGAUCCCCGAGCACGACUGUAUACACAUCCGUAGUUACGAAGUCUGCCAGCGGCACUGGUACUAACACUGGCCCUGUCGUCGUUACCGUCACCGCCACAAGCGUUUCCGACCCCUCUGGCACCUCUGGCAGCGACUCGGCUGCCGCGACCAGCUCCGAAGGUGCAUCCCUCCAGUCCAGCAGCAAUGGGUCUGAUGACAGCGGUGGCCUCUCGACGGGUGGAAAGACGGCGGUUGCUGUUGUCGUUCCGGUAGUUGUCGUUGCUUUGCUCGUUGCGGCCGGCAUCUUUUUCUGGAGGAAGCGCAAGCAAAGGAAGAUUGCCGAGGAGGACCGGAGGAAGGAGGUCGAGGAGUAUGGCUUCAACCCGAACCACGAUCCCACGCUGCCGGCUGUCGGAGGCUUCGGCGGAGAACAGAUGGCGGAGGAUUCCAGCGGCUACCGUGGCUGGGGCAACACCACCACCGCGUCCACCAACCGCAAGGCUUCCACGACCAUUUCCGGCGGAUUGACUGCCUUCUCGGACACGGGCAGCCAGCCCGGAGGCUACCACAGCCCUGGCUCACCUACGAAUCCCAGCAAUGCGGAUUCUGGAGAUCCAUUGAUGCAUCGCCGAGAGACGAUGGAUUCGGAAGGCAUUGGAGCGCUGGGCGGAGCACCCGUCACCAACAAGCGCGCGUCGGACAUUCACCGUGGGCCUUCCAACGCCUCGUCGUCCUACUCGGGCGCAGGGCGAUCAGACAGCUCGGACAAUGGUCACAUGCAGAUGAACAAUCCGCAGGACUACUAUGCCGACAACGGUUACUACCAAGCAUACAAUCCGCAAUUCGAUGGCCAACCCAUCGUGCAGAAUGUAGCGGCCAGACGGAACACGCGGAUCGAGAACCCAGCGCACUACCCUCCGGCAGGCAACUCGGGCAUUGCGCAAAACUUCUGA